CUCCUUCGCCGCCUCCUCCGCUCAGGCCGUGGUUUUUCUGUCUAUGUUUCUGGAGUCCUGAGCCCGAGCUAAACAAAAGCAGGAGGCUGCCGGGGCUGCCGGAGUUUGCAGGGCGCGCAGCCCGAGCUCUGCCCGCGCGGCCGGGGGCGGCAGGCGGCGGCCACAGCCCACCCGCCCGAGACGCUCUGGCCCGGAGUGGGGGCGGCGGGCCGCGGGGGGUGGGGGGAAAGUUUGCCUCGCCAGCCCCCUGCCUUCCGCUCCUUUCUCCCGAUCGGUGCCUGUUUGCGGAAGGAUUAAGCCUCAGAUUUGAGCGCCGGGAGCCCGUGCCGCCUUGCCGGGGAGACCGGGCUGGAAAAGCAAGAGCCAGCUCUGCUUUCUUGGCGUCCAGUGGGAAGGAUCCGAAGACAGCGGCAAGGAUAAAAAGCCUCGGCGCUUCCCGGGAGCCGCGCCGCGGAGCAGAAGCGAGGAGCGGGGCCGCGCCGCCUCCGGAGAUGGACGAGCAGCCCCGGCUGCUGCACUCCCACGCCGGCGUCGGGAUGGCCGGGCACCCCGGCCUGUCCCAGCACUUGCCGGACGGGGCCGGCGGGACCGAGGGGGAGGGCGGGCGCAAGCAGGACAUCGGGGACAUCCUGCAGCAGAUCAUGACCAUCACCGACCAGAGUUUGGAUGAGGCCCAGGCCAGAAAACAUGCUUUAAACUGCCACAGAAUGAAGCCUGCCUUGUUUAAUGUGUUGUGUGAAAUCAAAGAAAAAACAGUUUUGAGUAUCCGGGGAGCCCAGGAGGAGGAGCCCACGGACCCCCAGCUGAUGCGACUGGACAACAUGCUGUUGGCAGAAGGGGUGGCUGGCCCCGAGAAGGGGGGUGGCUCGGCGGCGGCGGCCGCGGCCGCAGCAGCGUCAGGAGGGGCGGGUUCAGACAACUCAGUGGAGCAUUCCGAUUACAGAGCCAAGCUCUCACAGAUCAGACAGAUCUACCACACGGAGCUGGAGAAAUAUGAGCAGGCAUGCAACGAAUUCACCACCCACGUGAUGAACCUCUUGCGGGAGCAGAGCCGGACCAGGCCCAUCUCCCCGAAGGAGAUCGAGCGCAUGGUCAGCAUCAUCCACCGCAAGUUCAGCUCCAUCCAGAUGCAGCUCAAGCAGAGCACGUGCGAGGCCGUCAUGAUCCUGCGCUCCCGGUUCCUGGAUGCGCGGCGGAAGAGACGGAAUUUCAACAAGCAAGCAACGGAAAUCCUGAAUGAAUAUUUCUAUUCCCAUCUCAGCAACCCUUACCCCAGUGAGGAAGCCAAAGAGGAGUUAGCCAAGAAGUGUGGUAUCACGGUGUCCCAGGUAUCAAACUGGUUUGGAAAUAAGCGAAUCCGGUACAAGAAGAACAUAGGUAAAUUUCAAGAGGAAGCCAAUAUUUAUGCUGCCAAAACGGCUGUCACCGCUACCAAUGUGUCAGCCCACGGAAGCCAAGCUAACUCGCCCUCAACUCCCAACUCCGCUGGUUCUUCCAGUUCUUUUAACAUGUCAAACUCUGGAGAUUUGUUCAUGAGCGUGCAGUCCCUCAAUGGGGAUUCUUACCAAGGGGCCCAGGUCGGAGCCAACGUGCAGUCACAGGUGGAUACCCUUCGCCAUGUUAUCAGCCAGACAGGAGGAUACAGUGACGGACUCGCAGCCAGCCAGAUGUACAGUCCGCAGGGCAUCAGUGCUAAUGGAGGCUGGCAGGAUGCCACUACCCCUUCAUCAGUGACCUCCCCUACAGAAGGCCCUGGCAGUGUUCACUCCGAUACCUCCAACUGAUCCCCCGCCCUCGCAUCCCGGCCGGCCCUGUGUCGGGGCAGGGCCAGGAGGGGGGGUUUCUCUCCCAGCGCUGGAGCGGUCAGACUGGAGGUCGAAGCAGUCAGCAAACACAAUAAGAGUCUCCUUCUCUUCUCUUCUUUGGGAUGCUCUUCCGCCAAUCUGGACACUUCUUUAUACUCUCUUCCCUUUUUGUUCUGGGUAGAAGCCACUCUUCCCUGCCUCCAGCUGUCAGCCUGGUGUCCGUCAUCCCCCCUCGCCCCCCGCCCCUUUCCGUCUGUCCUAGACUCCCUGGGCCCCUGCCCUCUAUUACAUCCCUGAAGGAUAUUUUCAACAAUUAGAGGAAUUUGAAGAGCAAAAUAAUUACAAAGAAAAUAAAGGUGUUUGUAUGUUUUCGUGCUGGUGGUUUAAGGAGCCAGAUUCACCUCCCCCGGGGGGGCCCGCCCCCCAUGUUCACAGGUAGUCGUCCUGUUUCUCUCAUUAUUCUCACUACCUCUUAGCAGGAACACGCCACACGGCCCCCCUCAUUCCAGGCCUCCCUGCCGCCUCUUGCUCUUCCUUCCCCAGGGACGGUUCCCCUUAGCACACUUCCCUACUCCUCCUCCCCAGCCCGGUACCCUUGGGGACUGCCACAGCCGGGCUUCUGAAGGUGCCACAUUUUCUGGUUUCAGCUCCACCGGGUUGCCUCCCAGGCAGGAAGUCAGGCAGCGUGGAGAGGGCAUAAGAGCAGGGCUGGGCUCUUAGGGGCUUUCUCAGCCUCUUGAUAACAACUCUUGGUUUCAGAAACAGUCUGUGGGAACUGAAAGACUUUGUGAGCAGUGUCCAGACCCUCCUGCAAAACCAGGUCUGAGUUGGCUUUCAGUAAUCCCUUCACGCACACGCACAGUCUCACCAGUUGCUUUCUCACUGUCAGUCACAUGCCACGUACAGAUACCCACAUCGUGACCAUAGUAUUCUGCCUUGUGAGCCCAAGGGAGGGAAUUAGCAGCCCUGAGUGUAGGCCACUGACAGAGGGAUAGUGUGUGCCCAGGGCUUCCAGGACCCGGGCGCACACACCCAAACCAUGUGCACAGGACUGGACCACGAUGCAGGCCGGGUCUGCUGCGGUAACUGCUCCGGUUCCCACCACCUCUGGAGCGCUCAGGGAGCCACACACAGUACUUAUAAUGUCUGUAAUGGGUUCGGUUCUGUUUCAUUUGUGGUUUUAUAUUAGGGGCAUCACAUUAAUUGUCUAAAGUGUGACAUGGCACCACAUUCUCGUUCUCGAAGAGAGAGUUACGUGUAAGAACACGCCUCGGGCAAACUUGGUAGCUUAAUUUGAAGACCUGAGUGUGACGGGGAGCAGGGCGGCCCUGUUCUCAGUGACGCCAUCACAGUGGCCACUGUCCCCUGGGAUAUCUAAGGGAGAAGGGUACGUGCUAGAAAGCUGUUCUCUGAUGUCACCUGAGUGUACGUUCUUCAUAGCCAAGUGUGCAGCCAUAAAGAUGGCAGGUCGGCCACUUGGUGAGGGGGAAGGCGGGCAAAUCUCUUUGCUCAUUUUCUUCAUCUGUGAAAUGGGGGUUAUUAUGUCUGGCUGACCAAGAAGGCUUGUGGGAGACUGAAGGGAUGGAUUUCAUUUAUAUCCAGUCUGCAAAUAUGAAGCCAGGGGAAGGAGGGUCUCUGAGGUCAACUGGUUCAUGCCUUAGAGGGACGAUAAAUGGUUUUCCUCCUCUAACUUGGGUCGCCGUCGGUACCCUGAUGCCAUCGUGUGAUGACAGAGAGAAGCGUGAUUGUGGCUUUCACUCGUUUGUUUUGGUCUGUUUGGUUUCUUAGAAUAGGUAAGCUUCCAUACUAGGAAAAAUAGGACCUGGUUCUGUUAGUUUGUACUUGAAUCCGAUACGUGGCCUUGUUAGUACUUAGUCCCCCGUCGCAUGCACUCUGCUCGCGAGGCCUGUGGGAGAGGUGGAAGUCCCUGAGGGUGAGGACGGCCGGCGGGCGAGGUCGUGGAAAUUGGGCAUGGCACGAUGGUUAAUGAAGAGAAAAUGCUCCCCUGUGUCAUGGGGAGACGCUGCCUAGAAACUGGAAGCUGUGCGUGGGUGAAGGCAACGCUGACGGUAAAUGCUGGGCGAGAUGGCAUCAUGCCUCGUGAUGGAGCAGCAGAAAGGCCCUGCUCUCCCGUCUGUGCCGUACCAGAGCAGGGCCCAGGGAGGGGUGGCCCGCGGAGCCCCCGCUGGCGGCCCUGUAGUGAUCAGAAGAGGCAGCUUUGUCUCGGCGGCAGGGCCUGUUAUAACUACCCACACUGCAGCAUGGUUUGGCUCACAUCCGCCUACUUUGGGCAAAGUACAAAAGAGACAGGAAAGGGAUCUCUUGGGAACAGGAAGAAAGAUUACAGAUUUGGUCAAAUGAUCACUGUCUUAAGCUGAUGGAAGAGAUGAGAGCUGUGGCAGGUGCACGGGCGGCUCCCCACUGGUCAACCCUCCCCUUCCCAGUGCCCGGUGCUUCGCCGGGUCCUCUGUACCGGGCGCCUUUCCCACCAUCUCCCCCCCACGCCCACGGCCAGUGGGGCAGCCUCGAGAGAGAGCUCUCCAUGCCGCGGCAGCAGAAGGAUGGGGUUGGAAAGAGCUUGCUCCUGGGAACCCCUCCUGGGGCCCUCCUACCAGCCCCAGGACGCCGUCAGUUGCUAAUAGAAGUGGGGGUGCAGCGAAUUCCCCCCAGAAGUGACACUUUCCUUGGGUUUGUCCACCUUCUAACUUCUCAUCUGCCCCCUUCACCCCUAGCUCCUCCCCUGGCGUGGAACUGACCCCCGUUUAGUGCUUUGACCACGUGGCGCCUUCUUUCCAUUUAUUUUUCAUCUUGCUGUGUUGGUGGUUUCUUACUGGCUGUUGCCUUUUCUCUCAUACACCUUUUCCCCCUAUUCUCCUUCUGAGUUUUAUUUUUCUGCCCAGAAAAACCUGACUUCGAUACCAAAAAAGAUGAAACUACAGAAACUCAAAUUUAAAAAAAACUUAAAAAAAAAAACAAAAAAAUACUCAAUGAUUCUUUCAGCUUUAUUAACAUUUUCCAUUGUUUCUUGCGACUUGUGUCUGGUUCUUUGUAGUAUUGAUGAACAUUUGAUAAUGAAUGUUCUUGUAUAUUCAGAUAAAGAAAAAAAAACCAAAAAAGCGGUCUGAAUUUAAUAGUGUUUAUAAUAAAAAAUUUUAAAAAUGACCCUCAUAGCACGCGAAACAGGACGGGGAAUUGCCCCCUCUUCUUUCUGUGACAAUGCGCAUCAUUCCUGCAUUAGUUUUUAACACCAAGCUACCUAUGUUCAUCAUUUCCCCCAUUUUUCUUCUUCAUUUUCUCGCAUUUGUGAAUUAGUUCAAGAAUGCUAGAAAAGUGUCGUUGUGCACAUCCAUUCCGUUUCACAAUGUUUAAAAGUGACAGUAAUUCAUUUUGUAAACUAAAAAAAAUUCAUUUUGUAAACUGAAUAGUGAGCAUAAUAGGUACAACCUGACACAUUAUUAUGUUUAUUAACUUUGAGACCCAGAAAUAAAUUCUUUUCUUUCCUUUAUUCCUGCUCUUUAAAGUAUAAAAAAAAAAAUCUAUGUUUUGUGUUAUUUUUGGUUUGUUUAUGGGGGGGUACUUUUUUUAAAUGUCAGGAUUAUGAUCUUGCUGUUUUUAUUCCUUAAAUAUGUAUACGAGGUGAUGUGAAAAGAUGACAUCGUAAAAUAGGCUUGUGCUUGUACUUCACUGCAGAAUUCAGUUGACUUCAGAAACAAAGAUAAAGCCCGUGUUGGUGUCACAACAGUUGUCACGCUGGACACCUGCAUGUCCAGGGUGUGUGGCGCCUCUGCAGUCCCUGAGGGAAACAAAGUUGGGGAUUUGAGUGCUCCGUUUGGCCCUUUAAAAAUUCAAGGAAUGGGUGCAGGGGACCUUUUCCACUGUAGGGAAAGAUUUUUGCCUUUGUUGACUAUGAAUUCACAGCAAAAUGCUUUCUCUCCUUUCUUCCUGAUUAAUAAAACCAUUCCACGAGGCCUCUUCCAGCCAGACCUCUCUAGACGAAUCUAUAUGAAAUUUUUCCUACCGAUGAAUCCCACAGAAGACCCCGGUGUGAAGGGCACCACCGCUGGCUAAGUAGACCAGCUCCAGCAAGCCUUCCCCGGCUCCUGUUGGCCUGCUGAGCUCUUGAAUCAUGUUUUGGAAGCAGAGGUGGUGAGAAAUUGAGGCAGACCCAGUUCGGUCAUUUUAAUGGUGAGAAGCUACGUUCGAGAAGCACCCUCUCGAGCCGUUGACUUCGGCGGCUGCUUAAAGCCAAUUGUUAAACUGGCUUGACUGGGAAUGUUUUUAUUAGUUACAGGAGAAAAGAGAGCAACGUUAUCUGGAAGAAACGUGUUUUAAACGUCUUUCAUUCAAGAAACAAUUGAGUUCUUCAAAAAGCAACCAGAACCUCCACAAAGAAAGGGGAGCAAAAAAAUGCAGAAUUGCGGGGCACCGCUGUAGGAAGCAUUUCCACCCAAACGCGCGCUCUCUGGUGUUUCAGUCAUAGCGAAAUGAUGACCAGCUUUUCACAUCACCUUUAUGGUUUCAAAUCCCUAGCUGAAAGCUUUCUGGAAUCUUUUAUUUUUUGUAACCUUUUUCUUUCCCUUGGUUUUUUUUUUUUUUUUCAGUUAUUUUGAAGUGCUUUACUUUGGUUGGUGGUUUUAUUCCCCUGCUCCCCCUCCCCUGUUAUUAUUCAGAGUAUAAACCUGCAAAGUUCUGCUCUGUUUUGGUUUUGAAAGUUUAAGCUUUUCUGCUUCUGUGAGAGCACAGGCUUCUGUCCCUUUCGACUCCAGCUGAACGUUUGUGUUCUCUAAUGAUACUAACAUGGGGUAGGUUUUGCAGUCUCCUAAUUUGUACUGGUAAUGCAUAUUCCAAAUAAAUAGUUUCUUUUGUUGCAAAAAAAAAAA